AUGGAUACGUUAACGAAGGAAGUUGACAAACUCCAGGUGGAAGACGAUCCCACGGUGACACAACUCACGGAGACAACUACAAAUGCUGAACAAUCACCUCCCCCGGCUGAAUCUGAAUCUGUAUCUACACAGGAUCCUGCGCCUACGGUAGAACACGCUCCAGAUCCCGAACCCACAGUUGUCCCUGAGAACCUGGUUCCACAAACACCGGAGCAAGAAAUCCCCGGCCGUACUGAUGAGACGCCGUCGAGUUAUCAACAGACGUACAAUAAUGGCUACAGCAACGGACAGCAAAGCCACCACUCGUCAUUCUCCCCCGAAUACAUUCAGUCAACUGCACCAACUCUACAUACACAUGAGAGUGACCUCUCACCCGCGUCAAGGCAUAAUUCCCCCACAAUGUCUUAUCAACAAUAUCAACAGCCUUCACAACCUGCCUCUCGUCCUGGAUCAGGGGUAUCGAAUUCAGGAGAUAGAUAUGGGUACUCUCAGCAGUACCACGACCAGAACCAGAGACAGCAGCAACAGCAGCAGCAACAACAGCAACAACAACAAUCAGCAGCACCAAGUAAGAAUAGUGUUGUGAUUAAGGUUGGAAUGGUCGGUGAUGCUCAGAUUGGCAAAACAAGUUUAAUGGUCAAGUAUGUCGAGGGUAGCUGGGACGAAGACUAUAUUCAGACUUUAGGGGUCAAUUUUAUGGAAAAAACUAUUUCAAUCCGGAACACCGAAAUCACCUUUUCAAUCUGGGAUUUAGGUGGACAGCGGGAGUUUGUCAACAUGUUACCCCUUGUUUGCAAUGAUGCAGUGGCCAUUUUGUUCAUGUUCGACCUCACCCGGAAAAGCACGCUUAAUUCCAUCAAAGAAUGGUAUCGACAAGGGAGAGGCUUCAACAAGACCGCCAUUCCUUUCCUGGUUGGAACUAAAUACGAUCAUUUUGUCAACUUCCCCCGCGAAGACCAGGAGGAAAUAUCAAUACAGGCGAAACGGUUUGCCAAGGCGAUGAGGGCGAGCUUAAUAUUUAGUAGCACUAGUCACAGUAUCAACGUGCAAAAGAUAUUUAAAAUCGUCCUUAGCAAGGCAUUCGACCUUAAGUGCACAAUCCCCGAGAUCGAGAAUAUUGGUGAACCCUUGUUGUUGUACCAAUCUGUGUGA